AUGACCGCCCUUUCAGCGACCCUACGCCGCCCUUCCAUCGGCCCGUCCCCGCCCUUUCAGCGGCUCGUCGCCGCCCUUUCAGCGGCCCCACCGCCGCCCUUUCAGCGGCCCCGUAGCCGCCCGCCCUUUCAGCGGGCCCCGUCGCCACCCUUUCAGCGGCCCUUCGCCGCCCUUCCCGCGGCCCUGUCGCUGCCCUUCCACGGCCCCAAAAUCACGUACCCUGUUCAGGGCUUUGAGCGCACUGCAUUCAAGGGGUAUGUGGGGCUUUUGCUGACAGUGCAGAAGCAGCCAGUGGUGGUUCACAUUGAAGCUACUGUUGCCUCCUUCGCCAAAUACGACGGGACUUUUAAGUACCAGGAUCCUGGCUGCUAUACCGGCAACCUGAACCACGUCGUACUCGUUGUUGGAUACUUCGUUUUGAGGGAUGAUGGGAGUGAGAACCGCAUUGCGCCGCCGUUUUGGAUCAUCCGCAACUCGUGGGGCGAGGAGUGGGGAGACAGGGGCCACAUGCGAAUGGACAUGCAGGGAGGCGAUGGCGUGUGUGGCAUCAACGUGCUGCCUGGCAUCUACCCCAUUGUCAAGACUGACACGUCAGCUUUCCUGAGGUUCAUGGGGUUCAUCCUUCCCUUAUCUCCUCCUGCCCUCUCUCCCUCUCUUCUGUGCCUUCCAGUUCCCAAGGACCCAUGCGGCUUGAAGAGCUACAAGGGCGAUGGAGAUCUUCAGCCCAGCAUGAACCCGUGCGGUCGCUUCACCUGCGUGCCCAACCUCAAGACCAACAGCAACACCUGCAACUGCACCAUUCCGGAUCAGACCAAGCAGCCUUUCGUUGAGGCAGCAAAUGGAUAUGGAUACAUCUGUGUAUAUGUGGACGUGUGUGGGUCGUACUUCAAGAACCCUUGCGCUGUGGGCACAUGCAUCAACGAUGGCAAGGGCGCCUACUCCUGCAUCUGCCCUCCCAACUACGUCCCCAGCCGAACCAUUGACAACUUCCCCACCUGCGACCCAGGUGCUGCUGCAGCCCCACCUUCCUCUACUCUCUUGUUCCUCCUCCAACAUUUGUAG